CUGGUCUGAUGUGUUACUUCCUAAUUCACUCAUUGUGUGAGUCUCGUCUCUUCUCUCACUCUCGCUGUAAUGGAGUUGUUCAUCUUCAUAGUGUUUCAGCUCCUGACGGAGGUUCAGUCUUACAAUUCCCUUCAGAAACCCUUCAUCAGUGUUAGUGAUAAUGAUGACCAACUCAACAUAGCAUGUGAAAUACCACUUUCAGUCAGAGCUGAUUCCAUCUGUAGUUUCUACACUGAGGAUGAUGUUCCUCUGGAUCACCGUGUCUCUAACAGGAGUCAGUCUGGAGGGAAUCUUUGUAUGUUUUAUGUAAAUCGUAGUGAACUCUUCACACAAUCAGUGAACAGCAGACAGCUGAGCUGUGUUUAUUCACUCAAGACUGAACCUGAGAUCAGAUCACCACACAGUGACACAUACUCCAUCAGUAACACAAUCCCCAUCACAGUCACCAUCACCAUCAGAGACACGAUCACCAUCAGAGAUUCAACUUCAACCUCCACUGAACAUACGACUACAACAACAGCCCCGACAACCUGUUCCGUGGAAACCUCUACUCUGGAACCUGUAUGGUUUAUAGUGCUGGUUUCCUCUGGUGCUGCUGUCAUUGUGUCUGGACUCAUCUGUUUCUGCCGGUUUGCAAGUAAAAAAAGAAGAAAAUUAUCAAUGAAACCUGAUGUGAGCAGCCAAGGAAUUGGUAUGAGUUGUUCUGGACCUGCAGAGACAUACUUUAUGAUCACGUCUGUACCAGCCACAUCUCAGUCCAUAUGUGAAGAUGUUUUGGUUAAUAAACAACAGAAACAGGGAAAUCCGGAGGAUAAGGAGGUAUGUGUGAACACUGUCACACCCCAAAAGCACAUAACCCUCCAUCAUGAACAGAAUACUAACACAUUUAUUUCAUGUAUGUCCUUAAGAAUGUUUAUCACCUGUACGCCACAAUCCCUGACAAACCAGUUCAGUCCAAAACAGAAGAUCACGUGUACAGUUUGGUGAAGAUGAACUGAUGAAUCUGGUUUCAUCAUGUACAGCCAUUAAAGUAUCUUUACUUACAGAUAAAUAGGUGUUUAUUUACAUUAUUCAGUGUAUUAUUUACCAUUAUUAUGGAACAUACUGUGACUUCAGUGAAUAUCCAGAGCAUCUUCUCCAGGAAGGCUCACUAGUACAAUACCACGCUGUAAGAAGACCUCGGGCAUUCAAUAAGAGCUGAACUAAAUGUCUAAUGAUCAAUGAAAAUGUUUUACUUCUUUUCUGAUGGAAUUUCAACCAUAUGAAAAUUUGAACUAAAUAUAUUAUUUAAAAAAAUAAAAAAUAAAAAAUCUAUGUUUAGAAUAAUUUUUAGCUUCUCCUUUUACAAAACCCAGCUGAUUACAGAGAAAAUGACUUGCAUCCUGUUUUCAGUGAAUCAUUCAUUCCAGUGUAUUUUUAGCUUUAAAAAAUAGCCUUUUUAUAGUAAAUUUUUGUUUCUGAAAAUUUUGAUCCUUCCCACAUGCUGCUGUGUGGAAUAGUGAAGGUCAAAUGGGCAUCUGAUGCUCCAAGCAAAAGACACAACACACAAGCACUCACUGGAAUUUUGUAAUUUUUGUAAUCAGUAAUUUUGAAUGGAUCAGUUAUUAAUAUUAUAAAGUGAAUAUAAUGCAUAUUGUAUUGGGCAUGUUAAGCUGUUAUGUAAUAGAAAAUUGUGACAUAUUGUUAUAUCUUCAGUUGGUAGGUCAGAAUUGUGUUAGUACACUAUUGGACUUAUGCACACCAUCCUUUCAGUGGAGAGGCUCACAGUUAGACUGGUUGUUCUGACAGCUUGAGGGAAGAAACUGUUUUUGAGUCUAGAUGCUCUGGUCUGAAUUGUCCCAGAGACGAGAUGCAUCAAUCUGUUAUAGGAAGGGUGAGAGGAGUCCUGUCUGUUAUAAAUCGCUGCCUUCUCACACCUAGAGAUAUAAACAGGGUUCAUAUGGAGUAUAGAAAAGUAUGGAAUUUGAUUUAAGUAAUUUUAGUAGUUUCUGAAUAGGUACGGAAAAAAGAGUGUAGAAACAUGCUCUGUUUUCUCAAAUAUAAAACUGUGAAUUUCUAAAUAUACAUUUAAGCACACGAUCAUACAAGAUUUUUUCAUGAGCAUAUUAAACAGAAUCCUAACAAAGUUGCAGCAUGUUAUCAACAAUUUCACAAAAUUAGAAUAGUGACUUGUUUCAUUUUUUUUUUUUUUUCUCUGUCAAUUAUCUGAUGAACAACUUCUGUUUUCUGCAUUAAUGUGCAAACAUGUACCUAACAAAAUCACUAUUAAAGUGAAUAAUGUAUUUCACAUUCUUAAUUUUGAUAUUAUGAUUAAGUCUUUGUCAAGUAUAUUAAUGGUAAAGGUGUUUUUGGCAUACUUCUAUGUUUCCUUUACAAAACUACCUUCCUUCUUUUAGUGUGAGUCUUUGCCCCAGAUCUGUGAAGACAGUUGUACAUGUGGUCUCAUUAUAGCAAAGAUCUACAUUCAUUUUCAAAGAACUGACCACACAAUGCAUUUCCUUAUUCUGUGUGAGAGUCUCAUUUUGUCUCUUUUCUCACACACACAUCGUAACGGAGUUCAUCAUCUUCAUAGGUUUUUAACUCCUGAUGUAGGGGCGAAAUUAGGAAUUUAAACUUUGCCAUCUGAAAUCAUAUGUUUGGUCUGAAGGUGAAAAAAUAUUAAAAGCACAAUGUUCUCUUACCAGUUCUUAUUCAAACACAAAAUAACACAGAAGAAAUGAUAUGCAACAAAUGUAAAACAAAUGCUUUUUUUUGUUGUUGUUUUUUUGUUUUUUGACACAGAUAAACUGUUUAUAGUGCUGUUUUCCAUUAGUGCUAUAAUCUUGUUUGGAUUUAUGGGACUCAUCUGUCUGUGACAGUUUGCAUAUAAGUAUUUUAAUAUUAAUUUUGUUUAUAACACAAUAUAAUGCAGCUUAUUUUUUCGUAAAGAAAAGAGAAGAAAACUAUGCAUUUUUAUGCAUUUAAUUCAGUAGUCUUGUCUUAGGUUUUUUUUUUUUUUUGUGUAAAUUGUGUAGUCCAUGAGCUGUAUGAAUAGAUGUUUAGCUUCUUAUCUGGUAUAUACAUGCAUGAAAAGAUGUCAUAAAGAUCAAUAUUUGAUUCUUAGCAUUAGAAAUAAGAUCAAUAAAAUCAUAUGAGCCCAGUUAAGAAACUUGUAUCUAUAUAUCUGUGCAUUUAAAACCUUUAAAAUAAAUCAUAAAAUAAUAAAUAUGUUUAUAAUAAAAAUGACUGAAAGAAACUUGACAUACUGAUUAUGUUAUUUAGAGUUGUUCUUGACCUGCAGAGGCAUAUUCUCUGAUCACUUCUGUACCAGCCACAUCUCAGCCCAUAAUGUAAGAGAACAUAAUUCUCUCAGUUAAAUUAUCUCAGAUAAAUGAAAAAGAACAGUAGCUAGCAGAUGUCACUAACUGAUACCUUUAGUAUAGAAACAUCAUUCAGCCACCACGGCUUCUCACAGCCAUUUCCCCUUCCAAGCCUUCAACAGAUCAGUAUUAUUAGCUGCAUCUUCUCCUUAAAGGGGUUAUAUGAUGUGAUUUAAAAUUUUUCCUUUCUUUUCUGAGUAUUACAAGCUCCAGGUACAUAAAGACGAUGUGUAAAGUUGAAAAGACUAAAGUCUCAAACCCAAAGAAAUAUUCUUUAUAAAAGUUAAGACUGAAAGAAGGCAUAACCUUUGAUUCUCACUGUUUCCGCCGGCGCCAUGUCAUGGAGACGCUGUUUUGUUGUGAAAGCGAAACUAUUUAGUUUGUUCUUCCAUAAGAGGACACAACUAGAAAUCAGUGGUUAA